AUGACUGGAACUGAGCGUAAAGUAUUUCAGAAAUACUAUCCACCAGACUAUGAUCCAUCUAAGCUUAAACGUGUUAAAAGUGCCGGAGGCAGAGGAAGGAACAGACAAUUCGUUCAACGUGUUAUGACACCGUUCAAUAUGCAAUGUAACACAUGUCAUGAGUAUAUUUAUAAGGGGAAAAAGUUUAAUAUGAAGCGUGAAACGGCUGAGGGAGAAACGUAUUUGUCGCUGAAGCUCUUUCGAUUCUAUUUCAAAUGUCCCAAUUGCUUAGCAGAAAUAACAUUCAAAACAGAUCUGGAGAACUGUGAUUAUCAAAUGGAACAUGGCGCUACGCGUUUAUUCGAAGCUUUCAAACUGUAUAAAGAGGCUGAGCGAGCUAAAGAAGAACAAGAAGAGGAAGACAAGAAAGAUCCUAUGAAAAUGCUCGAAAAAAGAACUAUGAUGAGUAGAGCUGAAAUGGAAGCAAUGGGUAAUUUGGAAGACCUACAAGAAAUAAAUCGACAGAAAGAAGGCGUCAAUACUGAUUUGUAUAUUGAUCAAACGAAUCCUAACCUAUCUAUAGCUGAGAAAAUUCGUCUACAGGAAGAUGCUGAUGAAGCAUAUGUUCAAGCUCUAUUCAGUAAUAAAGGCAAGAAACGAGAAUUGAUAGAUGAAGUAGUUGAGGAAGAAGAGGAGGCAUAUAUACCCGGAACGAGCCAUUCAAUGAAUGUAAAAUCUGAGGAAGUGGAUGAGAAACCGGAGUUCAAGGCUCCUGUUGAGCCAAUAAGUAAACGAAAAACAGAUCAAAAAAGUUUAUUAUCCAAGCUUGUAGUUGUGAAGAGAUCGAAGCCUGGGAUAAAACAAGAACCUCUCGAUGAUAGUGAUGCAGGACCUUCAACUAGUGGUACUACACGGGUUGUUCCUACGCCGGUACAACCGUCAACUUCCUCAGGAGGAGCAUCAGGUUUAAUGGGAUUGGCUGGAUAUGGUAGUGAUUCGGACAGUGAUUAG